UCUGCAGUAAAGUAGGCAAGCAUUCGGAUUCAGCACCACAGUCGUUAGUCGGAGGUCUUUCGCUCUCUUUAUUCCUUUCAAUUCGUUUUAUUGUUGAUUUUGGCUAUAGAUCGCCUCAUCUAUUACGCCUGUCCACUCUUUUAGCUCUUUUUCGUAUCAUCAAAUCCCAAUGGCUCGUUUCAGCCUUUCCGUCCUUGUCCUCUGCCUCUUCAUGGCCUUGAUGGCAUCUGCUAUGCCCAUCAAGCGUGACGAUGUCGCCAAUCAGGCCGACUACGCUAUGAAGGAAAUCGAGGCCGCCGCUCAAAGAAUGAAGGAGAUGGUCGAGAAAUAUAAAGAAGCUCAGGAGGCGAACGACAAAAACACUAGCGACAAUUCCAACCAGCCCGCAACCACCGACCAAGCCGAGAACAAGAACACUCCGAUGGAUGAGAGUACGACUCCUACUUCAACCAGCCCCACGGAGUCGACUCCUGUCGCCAGCACCGCGGCCCAACCCCCCAAGGCUAGCAACACUCACAUUGUGAACAACAACCCUCUCUCCAAGGUUCCUCUUAUCGGUGGCCUGUUGAGCGGUGGUGGACUGCAGAGUCUGUGAUGAUGCCCCGUUUGGUGCGAGACCCUCGUUGUUGAUGGUCCUUCCGACCGUUUCGAGUUUUGGUGCCUACUUGUUUUGUUCCA